UUGUAGUCCCUGGCUCGUUCCGCGCGUCACGUUAGUGGAGACGCCGGUGUCUCGGUGUCUGCGGCCCGUGGGGGCGGGGCCGGCCCGCUCCCCGCACUCGGAGCCAUGGCCGGCGCCGGCAGGAAGAAGCAGGUUCGCUUCGCCCGGCCGGAGGCGGAGGACACGCGGCGGGGCGGCGAGGGGCCGGCGGCGGAGCAGAGUCUCCUCCCGGAGCCCGCGCCGCGGCCUGAGGUGAUCGUAGCCGGCGGCGGCGGCAGGAGCCGGGGCGGGGAGGGAGCGGCGCUGCUGCUGCGGUGGUGCACCUCCGGGGUGCUGUGCUCCGCCUUCCUGGGCCUGGGUAUGAGCAUUGCUAUCCUGGGACCUACAUUUCAAGAUUUGGCUGCAAAUGUGAAUAAAAAUGUCAGUGAUAUUUACUACAUUUUCGUGGGUCGUUCUCUGGGGUACCUUGGUGGUUCAGUGAUUGGAGGGAUUAUCUUUGACUGCAUGAACCCUCAUCUCCUCUUGGGGUUAACCAUGUUGGGAACAGCAGUUGGUCUUUAUGCCAUACCAUGGUGUAAGAAAGCGCUAUUGUUAACUGCCCUGAUGUCAGUCAUUGGCACUUCCAUGGGUGUUCUAGACACAGGUGGAAAUGUCCUUGCAUUGAAUGUAUGGGGAGCAGAGGUUGGACCACAUAUGCAGGCCUUACACUUCAGUUUUGCACUGGGUGCCUUUGUGGCCCCAAUCCUGACAAAAAUGGCAUUGGGCAGCUUCAUAUCUCCUAAAGGCCAAACAGAAGAUGAAAAUACAAACCAUUCUGUUCCGAGUGAUAUACCUAACACACGGUCUGGAUCAGCAAUGAAACUGCAUUCUAAUGUGAGCUUUAUGUGGUCCUACAUUGUCAUAGGGACCUAUAUUUUGAUAGUUUCUAUGUUGUUUGUUGUUCUGUAUUCAAGGACCGGCUCAGCACGAGAUAAAGCAAAAGCUUCUCUGCAGAAAUGCCAAAUUGCCAAAUACCACUAUGCCCUUCUCAUUCUCCUUUUCCUUUUCUUUUUUUGCUAUGUAGGAGCAGAGGUCACCUAUGGCUCUUACAUUUUCAAUUAUGCAGAGGUUUAUGCAGACAUGAAAGAAAGUGAAGCAGCUGGUUUGAACUCCCUUUUUUGGGGAGCAUUUGCAGCUUGCAGAGGACUGGCCAUCUGUUUUGCUACCUGUUUCUACCCUGGUACUAUGAUUCUGCUGAGUGUCAUAGGUUCCACUGUCUCUUCUCUGUUCCUGGCACUGUUGAGUAAGCAUCCAAUUUCGCUCUGGGUUGGGACAGCAGUGUAUGGUGCUUCAAUGGCUACCAUCUUUCCCAGUGGCAUUUCCUGGAUUGAACAGUACACCACCAUACAAGGAAAGUCUGCUUCUCUCUUUGUAGUUGGUGCUGCCUUGGGGGAGAUGUGCUUUCCAGCAGUAGUUGGGUUUCUUGAAGGAAAACUUCACAAUGUCCCUGUGAUGAUGUAUGCUGCAUUGGGAACAUCUGUAAUGACAGCAGUACUAUUUCCUGUGAUGUAUAAAUUAGCCACUUCUCCCAGUGAGAGUAAGUUAAAAGAUGGUGGUGGGAGCGAGGACCAGAAAGCUUUGUUGUCCAACUUUGAACUUAAUGAAGAUGAGGAAGAUGAAGAGGAUGCAGGAGAAUGGAAUGAAGCAGACUUUGAAGUAAUUGAAAUGAAUGAUACAGUGAGAAACUCUGUGGUAGAGACAUCUCAAAAGAUCCCAGGGGAAUCCCCAACUAAAGUGUCCAUGCAGCCACAUUCAAAUAUAUUUAGUUCUUCUCCAGUGAUUGCUCUUAGCUCCCCAGGGAGAAAGCAAUUCAAUACAGACAGAGAGAAGAAUGAUUAAAGUAAAAUCUAGGCUGCUUACUUGAAAUGACUGCCUGGCUUCUGUAAGGUAAUAAACAAUCAAAUUAGCUGUGAUUCAGAAUUUUAAUAGUGGUACAAAGCCAAGUGUUUCCACCUCUGUGCUUGCCAAAUCCCAGUUUAUGCUUAUUCAUUUUAGUCUGCAACCAUGCAUCCUGGAGUGAAAAAGAAUGUGCAUGUUGGACAUAGUAAAGAGGGAGUCCAUGGUAAUAUGAUCAGGUGUUGUGUCAUGAACUAAAAGCAAUUUAGACUAAACGUAUGGGAAACAUUUCUUAAAUGUGAGGCUCUAAACAAUUUCUCAAAGAAAGUGGUGGGCACCCUAAUGUAACUUAAAGUGAUACUGUUCAGAGUAUUUUAACAUAUUUUUAGAACUAUCCUGCAUUGGCAGGAAUAGACCAGGACACACAGCGAUCUUAAUUGAUCACCCUCAUACAAAUCAGAGAAGAACCUUGAACUUCUUGAAUCGAGUGAAGGGGAUAUUUCCAUGGCACUUAAAGUCUAGUAUGUAACAUAAACCAUGACAUUACUGGUAAGUUAAACAACAAGGUGUCGGUUGUGUCCUCGUCCUUUUGGGAAAGUGGACAAGUUGAUAGCUCAACAGCUUUAGUUAAUGGAUGUAUUGUUGACCUUGAUUGGGAAUUUCCUGGUUUUGUCAUUUUUAUGUAAUGUUGUUUAAACAUAGAUUUCUGUGUUUAGUUGAUUUUAAAUCAUGGAAACAUCAAAUGUGUUACACUGGAAUAAAAUAUUUAUUUAGGGAGGUUUUUAAAAAUGUGUAUUAUGUACUCUUUCCAAGGUUGCUUUGAAGAAUAAAAGGAUUUGUCACACAUCUGCAUUUUUUAUUUUGAGAGGGUGGAGAGAGAGGACAAAGGAGUUUUAAAAGGUAGUUGUGCUGAUCUGCUAUAAUUUUUAAUUCUUGAUUGUUGAGCCAUUAUUAGCUACUCUUUAAUCAGUGGUUGAUGAUAAACUACUGGUAUCACAGGCAGUAUACACAGUAGUGUAGUUACUUUACAUAUACCAAAGCUAAAUUUCAAAGGCAAUUUUACCUUUUUAGUAACCAAUAACCCCUAGUCCAUAGUAUUGACGGAAGCCCUUAACUCUCAAACCAAAUUGUUCAAACAAAAGUUUUAAAGGUAUGUUCUGGCUUUCCCUGAAGUUAAUAGCAGAAAUCCAGCGGGAGAAUACAUAUCUUUUCAAAGCGAAAUGUACAAAACUGUGUAAAGCUUAGCCUGUGGCAUACUUCAAUAGCUGUUUACUUACCUCUGGAAAAUUAAUAGGUUACAAUUACUAAUGAAACUUUCCCUUUUCUAACAGCCACAGUAUUGAGUGCAAUCCAAGUUCUGAAAGGUACCAGAAGGUGACCUAUAACUGCUUCUUUUGUGCAAGUUGGACUGGUGCCCUCUGCUUUUUACUCUGGUAACAUUGUAAUGUUUCAGAUACUUUGAGAUAAUGUAUUUGGAUGCUGCCUUAAGAGAAGGUCCAUGUUUUGCACAGAUGAGGUACAGUGGAGUGUUUCAUGUAGUAUUUAUCAACAUCUUGGGUGUGUAAGAUUGGAAAUACCAUGCUGGGGGAGGGAGGAAACGCUGAGUGCUAGAAAAUAAAUAAAUCACCAUAAUGCCAAGAACAGACAAAUAUAGAAAGUGUUGCUUAGAAUUAAUUUGGAGCCUUCCAUUUAAUGCAGUCCGUCUAUUUGAAAACCCAGAUUUUGAAGGCAGCUUUCUCUGAGGCUGCAUGAUCAAAACUUGCUUUUUGUAUUGCUUAUUGGAUAGUUAAGACUUUUGCUGGUAAUUUACUUUCGUAGUACGGGUUGCAGUUUGUUUAUUUACAUUUGGAGCAUUUCUGUUAUGUGGUACUGGAUCUUUUUUUUAGACGUUUGGGUUUAUGACUGACUGCUUCCCCUCUUCUCCCCCUUCCCCUCCCCAACAAAUUUCACUUUCCGCUGAAAUCUGAGGGGAAGAAAUAGAGCAAGACCUAGCCAUACUGGAAAACUUUUGCAGUUUAUGGUAAGAGACAAUGAAAUCUUGAAGACACUUCCCCCUCCCCACUACACCAUAACAUUAGUGUAAAUGCCAGUGUAUUGCCUGUUUUCCUGCAAAAGAGGGGAGCGGGAUAAGAUAAUUGGAUACUGACAGAAGACGCAUUUUAAUAACGGACUGGUUCUGCACCUUGAGUUGUCUGUUUAGAAGGGUAUAUUUUACCUACCUGGGUCUGUGAUUGAACACUGGUAAGUAAUCUGACUAGGGUUUUUUUUUUUUUUUUAAUUCAUAUCUUCAUAGCUUCUGUUGUAGUAUCACACCUGCUAUAUCAAUGCAUUGCUAAACUUGGAUUAUGCUGUUUCAGUUGUUGCAUGAAAGCUCUCUCCUUCUCUUACUUAACAGUGUAAUGCUUGUAAAUAUUUAAGGAACAUAUUCUAUCCUUGGAUACAUAUGGCUGCCCAUAAAGUCAAUGGAAGCAGCUCUCCAUAUGCAUUUACAGUACUAGAGUUUGACCUGCAGAUCAGUAUAGAAAAUAACAGCUGAACUGCAAUGGUAGAGAUCUUGGCUUAAAUAAGGAAGUCUAGGAUAAGCUUUUGUGUCACAUUCUGAAAUGCUAUUGAAAUUCUACACUAAUAAAGCACUUACCAUUUAAUACUAUUUAUGCAUAAUAAUUGAAAAGCAUGAAUACUCUGUGCAACAUGUGUGCAUGGAUGGCAAAAAUCCCACAAAUGACUUUGAAAACAAGCAUAUUAACAAAGGUGGGGAGUCUCUCAUACUUCGUGCUUUUUUCCAGACUUUUUACAAAGGGGUGUAAUAAUAGAUCUAUUGUUGCUGCAGGAUCCUGAACAGAAAUGGUUACAACAGCAGCAAACCUGACACAGUCAGGCUGUCCACGCAUGUGUGUUGUUUGAAACAAAACAGGCUUGACUACCUUUUAGAGGCGUUUUAGACUUUCUUUUGUCAAUCAACUGGGUUUUUACUAAAAGUGUCACUCAAGCUUUAACCAUUAUUGGUUUUAAAGAGGAGCUUUUACUUGACAUAAAAUCUAAACACAUGAUGAUGUUGAAUCAUCAGUUCUAUUUUGUUUUUUUUUUAUAAACGCUGUUUGGUGUAACCUCUUGUAAGAAAGUGGAGGCUUUGGACACUAAGUCUAGAGCAUCUCUUUUGGCAUCUCCAUUCUUUACAGCCAGUGAUCUUGUAGCCAGAGGAAAAAUUUUUAAACCCUUCUGACGAACAUAUGUAUUUUUAAAAAACCAUUUAAAUUGAAUAGGAAUCAAGAAUUUCAUUCCUCUCUCCCAUCAACAUUA